AUGACUUCCCAAGUUCAAUAUCUUCCUACACUCGAGUAUCCCGGAGGAAAAGAGUAUGGAUACUCGGAGUAUGCCGAUAUUGUAGACACAGAUUUUGAUUCAGAUUCGCAAUCAGAAUCCGGUGGGGAUUCAUCACACAGAAGUGUUCGUUCGUUCGGAAGUUCAAGUGUUACCACCGCUUCGACGCCAGACGACAUAAAGACUCCGUGCUCCACUGGCCUAACUGCCUUUCACUUCCAUAUCGACGAACAUCCUGUUGCUGGCCCAACAGGGCCACACCUGUUCAGCCUCUCAGAUGGUACAGAAAUCAAGUCAACCGUUGAGGUUGAUUUGAUUUAUGAGGACAUACCUACUAGUGCUACCACAACUUUGUAUUCUUCUGCAUCUAAGCUUGGCCCAUACAGGAGAGAUACUCCUGUCCCUUCUCGAUUUGAAAACAUUAAGCCUCAGAGCUACACUCCAGAUGUGAUACACCAAAAUGCCUCAACACAACCCGACGAGGGUAAUGUCUCGAGCUGGACCCCACAAGAUGUUGUCGAGUGGAUGCAAAAGCGAAAUGUGGCUGAAGAUGUUGUGGAGAAAUUUUUCAUCAAUGAUAUCUCGGGAUCCAUUCUCCUGGAACUGCAGCCAGAAGAUUUGAAAGAACUCGACAUCUCAUCUUUUGGGAAGCGACAUACAUUAAUGAGCUCGAUCCGCGAGCUACGCGAGAGAUUUUCUAUCUCAUGCAAAGAGCUCCCGCCUGUUCCACCACUGGAGCAUAUUUCAAGGGAGGCAACCCCACAGUCGGCAAUGGCUGAUGGCGGUAUCACUUGCACUUCCACUCCAGUGGCAUAUGAUGAAGAAUCUGCGCGCAAGGAUAGAGAGUACUUGUUUCAGCAGCAGCAGCAGCACCGCCGCCGCCGCGGACCACGGGCUGUUGGACCCCAAGACUACGUUUCGAUCGUCGGCAUCGAGCAGGUCUUGCCCAGACUUCACAGAUGUUCUAAGGGAGAGGAUUGCCGCAAAUGGCUAAAACAGCACGCGAAAUUAUCUCGCAUGGUCAGGGACCUCCCAGUUGAAUCGUUGGGGAGUUCAAUGGUUAUUACAGGCGACCCAGGAAAUCCUGCUACUGCACGCAACCUCGCAAAGCCUUCCACAGAUGUAACCCCAUCGAUUGUUGCCUCUUCUGAUGCUUUUGGCCCUGCCCAACCUAGCAAUCUCCCACUUUCCCAGGAUAAGCUUUAUGAUGUUCAACCUAGAGAUGCCCAGGAGAAUGUCCGAAACUUCUUGAAUUUCCAGCGUCUGAGCCGACUGGGGCCAGUAAACGACCCUUCAACACCCCCGAGGGAUACAUUCCCUUCCCCUGAAUCUCACUCUCCUGGAACCCUGGCUGAGAAUCUCCGAAGCCUUCCUAGGCUUCAAAUUCCAAGCAGCUAUGACACAUCAGAAGACUCUGCUAUUUCCCCACCCACCCUUUCCGGACAACGAACCAUCACUCCUUCAGUUGUCUACAGGGAGCAGCCAUUCCAAGACUACUCCCCAGAAGAGUCUGUUACGUCGCAAGACUCAUUCUUCUCUCCAUCCGACUACUAUCGCCAUGACCCCCACUAUGAGCAGUCCAAACCGGUUUCCGAGAUGGAUGUCCCUUUGACGGCUAUUCAACUUGGUCCAAUUGAGAGAAACAUCUCGCAAUCAGUCCCACCUGAUAUGCGAUUUGGUCACUAUCACUGCCCAACCCCCGAUCCAGUCUACCGUACAAGAUCCACCAAGCUUGACAAUCACAGGAAGAAGCCUCUGAGUGAAGCCCAGAUGCUACGACCCAUUGACACCAUCGAAGAUCUGGAUCGCACUCCUCGUGCUGGUCAUUGCCGCCCCAAUCCUUUCAGCCCUACCGGCGAGCCCAGUACCGAGAUAAUCCACGCUGGCUGGAUGAAGAAGCGGAAGAACGCCCGCUUCCUGCGCCAUGAGUGGCAAGACCACCUAUUUGCCCUCCGGGGCACCCAACUCGCCAUGUAUACGAACGAGGAUGACUCGCAGCAGGUUGCCAAGGCCCUCGAGUACAUCGACGUUGACGAUUAUGCCGUGGCCUGCUCUUCCCUUGCUUCCAGCUCAAAGUUGACAGCCGCAUUCAAAAAGACUGUUCUAAAGCGCACAGACGACACUCGCGGAGACACUGCCUUUGCCUUCUCGUUGAUCCCAUCGCCUAGCAGCGCCAACUUUGAACGUAAAACAAUGUUCAACAAUGGCAGCAAGGCCCAUCAUUUUGCCGUCAAAACUCGCGAUGAGCGAAUUGACUGGAUGCGCGAGCUGAUGCUGGCAAAGGCCCUCCGAAGGGGUACCGAAGGUGGUGCUGCUCUCGAUUUGAACGGUGCCCCCUUCUAG